AUGGUUGCCUCAUCUACCGCCUCCAACCUCGAGCGCGAGGAUCAUCAGCGCGAUGCCGACUUCAACAAGGCCAUGCACGGCUCCUCUGCCCAGGCCCGAGGUGGUGUUGCUGCUAUGUUCCGAAAGGGCGGCUCUGCUAAGCAGGCUGCUGUCGACGAGUACUUCAAGCACUGGGACAACAAGCGCGCUGAGGACGAGACUCCUGAGGAGCGAGCUGCCCGUACUGCCGAAUACGCCACUUUGACUCGACACUACUACAACCUUGCUACCGAUCUCUACGAGUAUGGCUGGGGCCAGUCUUUCCACUUCUGCCGAUUCUCCCAGGGCGAGCCCUUUUACCAGGCCAUUGCCCGCCAUGAGCACUACCUUGCUCACCAGAUCGGCAUUAAGGAGGGCAUGAAGGUUCUCGACGUCGGUUGCGGUGUUGGUGGUCCCGCUCGCGAGAUCGCCAAGUUCACUGGCGCCCACAUUACCGGUCUUAACAACAACGACUACCAGAUUGAGCGUGCUACCCAUUACGCUUUCAAGGAGGGUCUGUCAGACCAGCUCAAGUUUGUCAAGGGUGACUUUAUGCAAAUGUCCUUCCCUGACAACAGCUUCGAUGCCGUCUAUGCCAUUGAGGCUACUUGCCACGCUCCUACUCUCAAGGGUAUCUACAGCGAGAUCUUCCGAGUUCUCAAGCCCGGUGGUGUUUUCGGUGUGUACGAGUGGCUCAUGACCGACGAGUACGACAACGACAACCUCCGCCACCGUGAGAUUCGAUUGGGUAUCGAGCAGGGUGAUGGUAUCUCCAACAUGUGCAAGGUCUCUGAGGGACUUGACGCCAUCAAGGACUCUGGUUUCGAGAUGCUCCACCACGAGGAUCUUGCCAUGCGCCCUGAUGCUCUCCCCUGGUACUGGCCCCUGGCUGGUGAGCUCCGCUACAUCCAGUCCGUUGGUGACAUCUUCACCAUUGUGCGCAUGACCACCUGGGGACGAACCAUUGCCCACGGUCUGGCUGGUCUUCUUGAGACAUUCAAGCUUGCUCCUGCGGGAACCAAGAAGACUGCUGACAGUCUGGCUCUUGCUGCCGACUGCUUGGUCGCAGGUGGUCGCGAUCACCUCUUCACCCCCAUGUACCUCAUGGUGGCUCGCAAGCCUUCUGCGUAG